CCUUGUUCCUCUUGUCUUGCACCUUUAUUCCCGUCUGGCACCACUCUCAGUACACGGUGCCUGAUUGACGUCAAUCCCGUCGAUUGGUGUCCACAACCUCAAACCUCGACUUUGCUGCGCCGCCCCAAUCGUUCACGGAACAUGAGGAUUAACUACGACGGAAGAAUCUGUUUUUUGUGAAGACUACAGACAUCGGUCACGAUACUAUUAAUCCGCGUCCUCAUCUCACAGUUGUUGUUGAUAUUGGCUGUGGGCUAAUCAUCCUCUGUGUUAGGUGUCUUCUUGAUCAUAACACGAAAACCACAUCAAAAUGGGUGUAGAAGAAUCAGUCUACCUGGCCAAGCUUGCCGAGCAAGCUGAGCGCUAUGAAGAGAUGGUGGAGAACAUGAAAGUUGUCGCCUCUGCAGACCAAGAGCUCUCCGUCGAGGAGCGAAAUCUCUUGUCCGUGGCCUACAAGAACGUCAUUGGCGCCCGCCGAGCUUCCUGGAGAAUUGUCACGUCUAUUGAGCAAAAGGAGGAGUCCAAAGGCAAUGAGGCGCAGGUCAAGCUCAUCAAGGAAUACCGUCAGACAAUCGAGAAGGAGCUGGGCAAGAUCUGCGAGGACAUCCUCGAGGUCCUUGACGAGCACUUGAUCCCAUCUGCUCAAACUGGCGAGUCCAAAGUCUUCUAUCACAAGAUGAAGGGCGAUUACCACCGUUACCUCGCUGAGUUCGCUACUGCCGAUAAGCGAAAGGAGUCCGCGGACAAGUCUCUUGAAGCAUACAAGGCCGCCACCGAAGUCGCUCAGACCGAUCUUGCUCCUACCCACCCAAUCCGACUUGGCUUGGCCCUCAACUUCUCCGUCUUCUACUACGAGAUCCUCAACUCCCCUGACCAGGCUUGCCAUCUUGCCAAGCAGGCUUUUGAUGAUGCCAUUGCUGAGCUCGACACCCUGAGCGAGGAGAGCUACAAGGACUCGACACUGAUCAUGCAACUGUUGAGAGACAACUUGACCCUCUGGACUUCUUCUGAAGCCGAGCCACAAGAGUCAGCUGGUCAAUCAAGUGAAGCGCCCAAGGAGACCGAGGGUGCGGCCGCUCCUGAGGCGACCGCGGAGAAGGCGGAGUAAGGGAUUGCUUAUCUUGUCAACGGCCACAUUGUCGACAGGCCUGGCUGCGUUGCGUACAAGGAAGGUUUCGUGGCAGCUGGGAGUCUACACACUUAUGCACGCAAACAAUCUUUCCUUACCACCUAUUCUCACCUGGUAUCCCAACGAUAGUUCUAGCAGAUGAUAUGGCAGACAUCUGCGGCCAGUGCGCGACGCGGAACUGAUCGGGUCAGCUACUCUUAGACAAAAAGACAGAAGAAAUAGCAAUAUGAUUCGGAUCAUCGUUUUUACAAAGUUUCACGAAACAUGGUUGUAAUGAUG